GCGUCCCAAGAUGGCGUCGUGGCUGCCGGAGACUCUCUUCGAAAUUGUAGGACAAGGCCCCGCGCCGAGCAAAGACUAUUACCAGUUAUUGGUCACCCGGUCUCAGGUCAUCUUUAGAUGGUGGAAGAUCUCUCUGAGGAGUGAGUAUCGAUCAACAAAACCUGGAGAACUGAAAGAAACCCAUGAAGACUUCCUAGAGAAUUCAAAUCUUCAAGUUCAAAUUGCCAUAAUAUUUGGUGCAAGAAUAGUAGACUAUGUCUUCAACUUGUGUGAAGGUAAAUUUGACUUCCUUGAACGGCUCUCAGACAAUUUACUCCUGAAUAUCAUAUCUUAUCUGGAUCUCGAAGAUAUUGCCAGGCUUUCUCAAACAUCACGCAGAUUUGCAAAGCUGUGCAUGUCUGAUAAACUGUGGGAGCAGAUAGUUCAGUUGGCCUGUGACACCAUCACUCCUGACAUGAGGGCCCUGGCAGAGGACAUGGGCUGGAGGCAGAUGUUCUUCACCAACAAGCUCCAGCUCCAGCGGCAGCUGCGCAAGAGGAAACAAAAAUACGGAAGCCAGAGAGAGAAGCAACUUUAGGACGUUUUCCUACUAGCAGGGGAGCUGACGCAUGGCUGUGUUUCUCUUUCAUGUCCGAGUCUCUUCUGUCUCCUUUUCUUAAGAACUAAGAUGUUUUGCUGAUUCAAGGAGCCAUUUGAAAAGCAUAGAGGAUUUGCACACAAAUGCAGCAGAACCUGGCUACCCAGUGCCUUGCUUGAAUCACUAUCUCUGUCGUUCUUAGGUCAAAUUGUGGCCCAAAUACAAGGGCUGCAAAACAGGAAGCCCUAUCCUGAAACCCAUAAGAAAAGUGGCUUCUGCUAUAUAUAAACCAACAAUAAAUGAUUAUUA